AUGACCGGGAAAAGAAAAACGCCGACUACCCAGAUCAUUCGCGAUGCUAACGGAGUGGUCUUCUCUGGCGAAUCGAUGCUAGUUCUGGGACGACCUGGCGCCGGCUGCACAACCCUGCUCAAGACCUUGGCCAACAGUCACGGUCAUUUCUGGAAGUACAGGGUCAAUUGGCAUAUGCUGGUCUUUCGAACAAAGAGAUGGCACAUCGAUAUCGGUCCGAAGUUUGCCCUCCGGCUGCGGAAGCCCGCAAACGAAACGCGCUCGGACUCGGAGUUCGCCCGCGAAAUUGCUGAUGCCUCGCUAAGUACUGUUGGGCUAUCACACACCACCGACACGAUCGUAGGAAAUGCUUUUGUUCGAGGUGUUUCUGGAGGCGAGCGCAAACGUGUCACCUUGAUUGAGGCUUUGUCGGCAAACCCUGCGGUAGCGGCAUGGGACAAUCCUACCCGUGGUUUAGACGGUUCAUCGGCUACGGAGUUUGUGCAAUUUGUCACAUCAACUGCUCGUGAUACCGGAAUGAGCAACAUCGUGACCAUGUACCAAGUGUCAGAGACCAUCUACGAUUGCUUUGACUGGGUUACUGUGCUUUACGAUGGGCGGACCAUCUUCUGCGGCAAGACGGACCGAGCCAAGGAAUACUUCAUUCGACUAGGCUUUGAAUGCCGUGAUCGCCAGACGACCCCAAAUUUCCUGACUUCCGUCACCUCGCCUGCUGAUCGCCUUAUUCGAAAGGAUGCUGCAGGCAUCGUUCCGACCGAUCCUGAUCAACUGGCUGCCGCAUUCCGCGAGAGCCACGAGUAUCUGAAGCUUCAGAAGGAGAUAGAAGCGUAUCAUAUCCAGGUUGGUAAGAACAGCCGGUUAAUACAGGAAUUCCGGGAUAAUGUACAGCAGAUUCGCUCCCGCUGGGCACCCAAGCUCGCGAUUGCACCUAAUCCACUCCCGAAGCAGAUCUGGAUCACGAUUUUCCGGUACUACCAGUUGUUAUGGGGCGACAAGCGGACCUUUUUGACCAUACUGGCCUUUGUCGUCUUGAAUGCUGUGAUAAAUGGGCCGGCGUACUAUAUGGCUCCGAAGGACGAGACAGGGUCUUAUGAGAAGAGCAGUGCCUUGUUCUUUGCUCUUAUAUAUUUCUAUCUCAAUGCUCUGACCGAGGUUGUCUCGACUGUCAAAUCUCGGAGCAUUCUUCUGAAGCAAGCUCAGUACGGCUUCCUUCACCCUAGUGCAUUUGUGAUUGCGCAAGCAAUCGCAGACAUACCUAUUUCUUUCUUCCAGUGUCUCGUUUUCUCGUGCCUCUACUACUUCAGCAUUGACCUGCAACGCACGGCAUCCUCAUUCUGGAUAUUUGUCCUCAUUGUGUUCGCUCACUAUACUGCUGUACAAAGUUUGUUCCGCAUGUUGGGAGCUUGGGUUCCUAAUAUUUCGUUGGCCCUAAUGAUGGCAGGUAGUGCCAUCCCGGUUGGUCUGCUUUACUCGGGGUUCGGACCUACCCGGCCAACACAGCAUCGGUGGGGUUCGUGGCUACGUCGCGCAUCGCCAUCGCCCUAUGCUCUUGAGGCACUGAUAGGUAAUGAGUUUACUGGCAUCAAUUUGACGUGCUCAGAAAGCGAAAUGGUCCCGUACGGCUCUUCAUAUACCGAGCUCCAGUACCAGACUUGCAGUAUAACGGGCAGUCUGAAAGCCCACGAUUCCGUUGCCGGUUCGGUAUAUUUGGCAGAUCACUUUGGCUACACCCGCGACCAUCUAUGGCGCAAUUUCGGUAUCGUCGUCGUUCUCUGGUUCCUCUACACCGUAUUGGGUAGCAUUGGACUCACCGUCAUGACCCGCGAAUCUGGAGGAUCGCAGAGCCGUAUCUUCAAGUUGUCCAAGCAACGUGAUGAGGAGAGCUUGCCCAAGUCGGCUGCGAGCUCCUCGUCCGCUACGCAGACGGUCUGCGAAGAUUCCCAAACUGACGGUAUGAGAACCGAAGGUGCCUCGGACAGCACUUUUACCUUUACCGAUGUCAGCUACACAGUCGCACACGAUGGUGAAGACAAGCAGUUGCUGCACAAAGUGAGUGGGUAUGCCCGCCCCGGGCAGCUGACAGCCCUAAUGGGUGCCUCGGGAGCUGGCAAGACUACCCUGCUGGACACGCUUGCGCAGCGCAAGAGAACAGGCAAGAUUGAAGGAACUUUUCGACUUAAUAGUGAACUGUUGGAUGAGUCCUUCGAGCGCUCAUGUGGAUUUGUAAUGCAGCAGGACAUUCAUGAACCGUUCGCCACCGUACGCGAGGCAUUGGAAUUUUCGGCACACUCGCGCCAGCCCGCGCACAUCUCAAACGAGAAUAAGAUGGCCUACGUCGAGCAUAUUAUUCAUCUUCUUGACCUCGAGAAUAUUGCAGAGGCAUUGGUAGGCCAGCCGGGAGAUGGACAGCUCAGCGUCGAAGAGCGUAAGCGUGUCACUAUCGGAGUCGAACUUGCGGCACGGCCUAGUUCGCUCUUGUUCCUCGAUGAGCCUACUUCCGGACUUGACAGCCAGGCCUCAUUUGAGCUCGUGCUCUUCUUGCGUCGUAUCGCAGCUGAAGGUAUUCCUGUCGUGUGCACAAUUCACCAGCCGUCCGGUGUUCUUUUCGAUAUGUUCGACCAAGUUCUACUCCUUGCCCCAGGAGGCCGGACCGUUUACUUUGGCGAGACGGGUGAAAAAUCCUCAGAAGUCGUCGAUUAUUUCGGGCGUCAUGGCGCUAUAAUUGGAAGCGACACUAACCCCGCUGAAUUCAUCCUCUCGACUCUUAACUCCAGCAUCGCCAGCAAGGAGACAAAGAUCAACUCUUCGCAGCUUUACGCAUCCUCCUCGCAGAAUAAAUACGCUCUAUCCCUCUGGGCCCAGACCAUCGCAGUCACCAAGCGCCACUGGAUUUCUGUCUGGCGGGACGGGAUGUACAACUUCAGCAAAAUAGCCAAGUCUUUCUUCGUCUCCAUGUUCAUAGCCUUCAGUUUCUUCCACGCCGGAUACACCCUCCAAGGUCUACAAAGUCAGAUGAUCGCCCUGCUCCUCCUCUCCUGGAUUAUCCCCACCACCUGCGCUGAUCUCCAGGACCUCUGGUUCCGUAAAUGGGCCAUCUUCACAGCCCGAGAGCAGAACGGUAUCUACGACUGGCGCGCACUUCUUACCGCGUUAAUCGUUGUUGAAAUACCGUGGCAGCUGUUCACCUAUACAUUGUUUUACCUAGCCACCUACUGGACCGUUGGCUAUCCAAACGAAACCCCUGUUGCCGGACUCUACUACUUCAUGUGGAUCCUCCUCGGUAUUUUCGGAACCGGAUACUCCCACCUCCUAGCUGCGCUCUUCCCAUCCGCAAAUCUAGGCGGGUACGCUAAUUCCCUCUUCUGGGUCAUCCUUAUGAUUGUUUCUGGAGUCUUGACUCCCCAUGCAUACCUGAACGAUUUUUACCGCCCCUGGCUGUUUUGGAUCGAUCCCAUGCGCUACUUCUUCGGCGCUUCGCUCGGUUCGGUCCUUCACGGUGUUGCGGUUGAGUGUUCCUCGAAUGAUCUCGUCGUGUUUGAUGCCCCACCAGGCAGUACUUGUGGCCAGUAUACGGCGGCCUUCUUGGGGAGUAAUCCCGGCUACAUUGUUAAUCCGAGCGCGACGGCAGAUUGCUCAUAUUGUCCGUAUUCGGUCGGUGAUAAGUAUCUGGACACAUUGGAUUAUUCGUAUGGGCAGCGCUGGUGUAUUUGGGCGGUUUUUGUGGGCUUUUGCUGUACGAACUUUGUGUUGGUUUAUGUGGUGGUGUGGUUCACUAAGGGGAGGGGGCAGAGACGUGCUUGAGGGGUUAAGCGGGGAGAUGGAUUUGAUAUAUGAUAGAAUUUAGAUUGCGAUGGCGGAUGCUGGAGUAUUUAGGGAUUCUCAUUCAAUGAUCUACAAAUUGUCAAAAACACUAGAAAGUGGGAUAGAGAGGUGCUUACGGCGACUUCAUUGAUAGAAGAAGGUCGGAUCUUCCGAGGAAAAUGGGAGCAACACCAAAGAUCAAGUCAGCCUAGACAUUGGACUUCUCCCUGACAAUUCGCAAUUAAGGAUUAACAGAAUCCUGGAUUGAGAGAUUUGAUUCAGGUAGAACUGAAAGGUCAGGUUGGUAGUAAUGCACACCUCCUG